AUGACGACUCUUCCAACAUCGUUUUCUUCAUUACCGGAGGACAUCGUUCUCAACUGUUUGGCUCGUGUCUCUAAGUACCGCCGUCCAACUCUCAUAGCUUCCCCUGAUCUUGAGGCCACACGUUCCCGCAACGGAAUAAAAGAAGAGGACCUCUGCGUCUGCUUUGACGUGCAAGCUAAUGAUCCUCGCUGGUUCACACUUGUACCAUUUCCGACACAACAGAAACUGAAAGGUAUCCAUUCGUAUUAUAAACAUCCCGAUUCCUGCACCGUUAUUUCAAUCGGUUCAGAGAUUUACAUAAUCGGAGGCCUCGUCAAAUAUGGAAAGAAAGGCAAUAGAGUUUUGGUUCUUGAUUGUGAAUCACAUCAAUGGCGUAGACUACCAAAUAUGCGUCUAUGUAGAAAAUCUCCAGCCGCUGAUGUAAUCGACGGUAAGAUUUACGUGAUUGGAGGCUCUAACUCCCACAAAAUCGAGAAUUGGGGAGAGGUUUAUGAUCCAGAGACCAAAAUUUGGGAGCCAUUAUUGCCUAAAACAGUACUAGAUCUCACUACUCGUAAGAGUGUGGUUCCAGGUAAACUGGUAAUGGGUGGAAAAGUUUAUGAUAUGGAUGGUUUGAAGCUUAACUUGAACACGAAUGUGUGUUUGGUAGAAAUAGAGAACAUGAUGUACCAAAUAUCGAUUUCGGAUGGGAUGUUAGUGUGGUGUGAUCUAGAGGAGAGUUUGGAGUUGAGUCGUAAGUUGUUGAUAGCUCGUGGAAAUUUUGAUUUCGACGAAUGUAAAACAGAGAUAUGGUGUGCAGAGAUUUCGUUUGAGAGACGCGAUUUAGGAAGGCUUUGGGGAUUGGUUGAAUGGUCUAAGAAUAUGUUUAUUUUUGACCAAGACGAAUAUCAUCCUGAUUUCUUUUUGCAUUCUGCUAUUGUGACAUACUGA